AAGCAGCAGCUAAGAAGACUCGGGCGCUCGCUAUGGCCGAUGAAAAGCCCAAGGAAGGAGUCAAGACUGAGAACAACGAUCAUAUUAAUUUGAAGGUGGCGGGGCAGGAUGGUUCUGUGGUGCAGUUUAAGAUUAAGAGGCAUACACCACUUAGUAAACUAAUGAAAGCCUAUUGUGAACGACAAGGUUUGUCAAUGAGGCAGAUCAGAUUCCGAUUUGAUGGACAGCCAAUCAAUGAAACAGACACACCUGCACAGUUGGAAAUGGAGGAUGAAGAUACAAUUGACGUGUUCCAGCAGCAGACAGGAGGUGUCUACUAAAAAGGGAACCUGCAACAACCCUACUCCAGAACUCUGUUCUUACAGACCAAGAAUACAUUCUCAAUUAGAAAACUGCAAUUUGGUUCCACCACAUCCUGACUACUGCAGUAUAGUUUUCUCUAUUCUUUCACUUACCCCUUCCCCAUUCCUUUAUUGUACAUAAAGUAUCUGGUGUAUGUGCACAAGCAUAUUGCUUUUUUUUUUUUUACUAAAUGGCCAACAAUAUGUUUUGAUUGACAUCAAAUGGAGAUGGGAUGGGGAAUUACUGGUUCUGUGAAAAUAAUCCCCUUUCUCCAUUAGUGGCAUGCUCAUCAGCUCUUAUCUUUAUAUUCCAGUAAGUUAUUUUGCUCUCACUGUUUUAACAGAAAAGACAACAACAUGAAAAUCCUUGCAUACCUUGUUUGAUUGGAGAAUUUUAAUGUUUUUCAUUUAUCAUUGUAAAACCAAGGACAAUUUUAUAACUUUUUUGUACGUAGCUGUUACAUGUAGGGCAAUCUGUCUUUAAGUAGGAGUAAAUUACUCUUUUAAAAAAAAGGAAUCUUAGGUAGUUUUCCCUUUAAGUCAAGUGUCUUGUUGUUUAAAUAAACUUCUUGUUUAAAAAAAAAA